UGCCAAUGAUCAAAGGUGUCUUUAUAAUUAUUUUUAAGAUGGUAUCAAAGAAAAAAGAGAAUUCUGAUUCGUAUUCAACAUACGUAUGUUUUAGGCUUAGAACAACAACAGCAUAUUGGAAAAGACAAAAAAAAAAUAUGGUACUCUAAAUCGAAAAGAAGAAAACUAAUAGAAAACAACAAAAAACAUAGCAUGCAAAUUAAUUACAAGAUUGCAUUAAAGAUGGGGUAUAACACAGUUAAUGUGUCGGAAAAAAAAAAACAUAGCGUGAACUAGGUAAGAGAAGUGUGGAUAGUGCUUUGUUUGUUGGGAAGUCGAUGGGAUGGGGAGGUAUUUUGAUGGUGUGAUGAUAGAAACAAGUCGAAGGUUUUGCCGUUCUACGAAACUUCUGUGUUCUUUCUUAUCCUUGUUUGGUUUUGCUGGUUUUUUUGGGGAGGUUUGUAGUUUUUUUACUUGCUUUUUUGCAACUGCUUUUUUUUUUUCAAUGUUUUUGUCAAUGUUUUAUGUCUUUUUUUUUGGUGGCGUUAUUCACAAAAUGUUAAAGUGAAACGGCUGAUCAGG